AUGUAUCAUGCGGCUCUGGGGUCAGAUGCCAGGAAGCUCAGGCAGUCGGGGGGAGUGCGGAUCUCCACCAACAUCACCAGCUUCGUUGAUGGGGACAAAGUGGAGGUGAGUUGGUCUGGCGUGCAGCGGCCGACAAAUGCAGAUGCGGUGGCGCUGUUUUUCGCCGGGGACAAUCCGAAUGAGCGCUCACCGCUCAAAUUCAAAUGGGCGUUCGCCUCCUCCAAGAGCUACCUGCAGACUGGAGCCGGUUCCCACACGUUUCGGCUGCUGAACCAGCGGAAGGACGUGUCCUUUUUGCUGUUCUACAACGUCUCACUGACGACAAAAUUUGGCACGGGCAACUUGCUGGCGCGCUCGGCGCCGAUUGGGCUCAACAACCCCAAUGACCCCCAGCAUGUGCACCUGGCCCUGGGGGUCACCGAAGGGCCGGCGGUGCGGUGGGGCGGGGAGCCGGGCAGCCUCGGGCAGGAGAACAGGGGGAGUUUCAGCACGUACACGCGGCUGCAGAUGUGCGGCGCGCCAGCAAACUCCACCGGCUGGGUGGACCCGGGGUGGCUGAACUAUGCGGCGCUGACCGGGCUCCAGCCUGGCACGCGGUAUUACUACGCUGUCGGCGAUCCGGCGUGGGGUUUCAGCCGGGAGUUCAGUUUUGUGACGGCGCCGCGGGUGGGCCGGGACGCGUCGGUGCGGUUUUUGGCGGUGGCGGAUUUGGGACAUUCGGAAACGGACGGCAGCGCUGAGAUAGACCACGACCAGGCCAAGGACAUGCUCAACUACACCCCUGUUGACACUCUCCAAUAUGUAUUUGAGAUGUUCUACAAUUUCCUGGUGGACAGCGAGGCGCAGCAGGGGGCGUCAUUGUAUACGCUGCAGGGGUUGCUAAACAGUGCGGCCAAUGCCUCGCUGCUUCUGCUCAACGGCGACGUCAGCUAUGCCAGGCACGCCCCUGAAGACCGUGCCCCAACGGGCCAGCUGACGCAGUGGGAUGUCUUCAUGCAUCAGAUGGAGCCACUUGUCAGCCAGAUGCCCUGGAUGCUGACUGAAGGGAAUCACGAGAGGGACUGGCCCUACAGCGGGGACCGCUUCCUAAAUUUAGCUAGUGAUUCAGGCGGGGAGUGCGGCGUUCCGUUCUGGCAGCGUUUCUUCAUGCCGACGGGCCCUAUAAAAUGGGUGGACGCGCAGAGCCAGCGGCGCUCCCCCGAGUGGUUCUCCUUCAAGCACGGGCCAGUCCACUUCCUCCACAUCUCCACCGAGGUCGAUUUUGCGCCAGGCUCGCCCCAGUUCGAGUUCAUCCUGCAGGAUUUGGCGGCGGUAGACCGUGCGGUGACGCCAUGGGUGGUAGUCAACAUGCACCGCCCCAUCUACACCUCAUCGACUGCCGGUGUCGGCCCCACAUCGGUCAUCCGCGUGGCCGAAGACCUGCGCGCCGCCCUCGAGCCCAUCUUCAUGCUUUACCAGGUGGACUUGACACUGGCGGGGCAUGACCACAAGUAUGAGCGCACCUGCUCCGUCUACAAGAAGACCUGCCUGCAGGCGCGGAACGCCGGGUACAAGCUGAGCUGGGCGGCGAAUCCGCGGCCGCCACCAUAUUGGGCCACGGUGGCGCUCGACCACGGAUUCCUGCGCUGCGACGUCAACGCCACGCUGUUCUAUUGCGAGGAGGUGAGUUCGAUGACCGGCAAGCUGCUGGACUCAUUCUCGCUGUUCAAGCCGGCGGAGUGGGAGGCGGACUACGUUGUGCGCAACCUCUUUGAGCAGUACUUCAUCUCCAACUACUCCUCCUUCGACUUUCUCGAAGACACCGGCAUUCCGAGCGAGGGGUAUGCGACGGUGUACGAGCCGAUAUUCAAGGCCCUGGAGCGCGACACGCGGCUGCUGCAGCUCUACGUCCUCAACAACAACUCUGCCGCCCUCAAGAACUCAGUCAACGGGGCAGACACUGUCCAGGAUGCUUGGGGAGCGAUACAGCCGAUCUACAACAUAACGGUGGCGAUUGCGAAUCACCGCAACUCAUCUAUCUACACCCGUUUCUACGCCGGCAAAGCCGUGCUGCCGAUCUUUGACAACGUGCGUUCAGCCGCCGCUGCGUACCCGGCCCGUAACGGAGUGAUCGUGCAGAGAACGCCCCAGGAGAUGGGCGCCGGGCAUCGUGCGCCUGCUUUGGCCGACCCGUGACUCACCGCUUGAUUUUGAAUUCGAAUGCCCCGGUGCUUGAUUUUGAAAUCGAAUGCGCCGGUGGCAAGCCCGGCGCCAGGCCGGCUGGACCAUGCAUGAGCAGCAGGAUUUAUAUUCCAGGGGAUCCCGGGGGUUUGGGCUCGUGCUUUUGGGUUCUGGGUUGGAAUAUUGGUCCGAUCAGAAGUCCUGUCAACAUUGCCUGCGAACUUUAGUGGGCACCUCAAAAAUCCCCGGGGUUUCCUAUAGACAUAAAGAAGGGUUCUCUUGGCGACUCUGGAUCUCUAUUGAGGCCUUGUCAAAGCCUGUCUGGGUUGAAGAACAGUGGUCUGUACUGCUUGACAGACCUGUGAUUGUUGGUUUGGGAGGGGAAAAGUCAAGACAGAACACAAGAUACACCAGGCGAAUUGUCUGCCUCAAGCACUGCUUUGAAGUAUAGAGUCUGCAGAUGGGGAGUUUCUGCACUGUCAAAUGCAUGUUGUACUUUAACCAACAAAUGAAUUUAGUGGGUUGUGGACCGUACAUAAGUACAAAUGACUGUUCGGUGGGUUGACUUGUAUGUGUCGACUGUUCUGAUAUUUAGGUGUUCAUGACUGCUUGGCCCUCUGGAAUGUUUGAAUACCUUAGGCGGCUUGUAGGUAGCACCCGUGCAACACUUCUUUGACCUUGAUUACCCCUAGUAUUGCUGACAGUACUUAGCAGAUUUGUAUGUGACCAAGUGCUAGCAUGCUAUGUAUCACAUGAUGUCUACUGCUUGUCAAGCCUGUGCCGCACUCCGUGGUGUAAUUUCAAGUGAAAUAGCAA